GUUAGUGUGGAACUGAUUUCUCUCUUUCAGACACACACAAAGGAAAUAGCGGUAAGAAUUCUGGGCAAGUCAUAAGACAAGACCACAGACAACUUAAGAAGAAUUUUACCAUUGACUUUAGCUUCUAAAAGGGGAAACUGUCAAGCAGUCAGCAUGCGCCUGAAUGCGGCCCUCCGGAACGCCGGGCUCUGGAUUCUUCUCAGUUUAGCGUCCGGUCAUCUGACUGAACAGCAGGCAUCAGACAUCGUGGACAUUCAUAAUGACCUCCGCUCGCAGGUUCAGCCCAGCGCUGCCUUCAUGCAGAAAUUGGUGUGGAAUGAAACAGUGCGUCUGGUGGCAGAAUCAUAUGCAGCAAAAUGUAUCUUUAAUGACAACCCUGAUCUCGAGAACCUCAAACUGGGAGAAAACCUCUCUGUAACACCUGGUCCAUUGAAUAUAACCAAAGAAAUGUUGAAGUGGUUCGAAGAGAAUCGCAAUUAUGACUUUGAAAACAACAUUUGUCGUGGAACUUGUCACGAUUACACUCAGAUGGUGAGGGCGAACAGCACACAAAUCGGAUGUGCUGCUCAUUUUUGUGAAACCAUUAAGGGUCUGGGAAGUUAUGGUACGCUGCUUGUCUGCAAUUACUACCCGUCAGGAAAUUAUGAAGGACAGAGACCAUACGAGCAAGGAAAGUCUUGUUCAAAGUGUCCAGAGGAACUGCCAUUGUGUGAGGAGAACAUCUGUGUGAAACGUCUUCAAUCUGAGUCCACCACUGUUACUGAAGAAAACACAACAAAGAACACAAAGAAACAGAAAUGCACAACGAGUAGAUCAGAGGUGGAGAGAAGUUCAGCUCCUCUGCUGAUGGGUGUUUGGAUUUUGGCAGCUCUCAUUCUGUGAUAAAAGUCCUUCUGCAUCAUAAACAUCCAUAAUGCAUUACACACAUUACACACACAGAAAACUUUCUGAUACCUUAGAUUUCCAAUAAACAUCAUUCUUUUUGAUUUAUAAGCUUGUUUCCUCAUGGGGACCUCAAAAUGUCCUUUGUGGGGACAAUUGGUCCAAUUACCAGGCACACACACACACACACUGCAAAAAAAAAUUCAAGAAAAAAAAUCAUAGUAUUUGUGUCUUGUUUUCAAUAAUAUUAUCUAAAAAUUAAGAAGCUUUUUCUUGAUGAGCAAAACGACCCCAGAAAAUAAGUCUAGUUUAUAGAACAAAAAUAUCAAAUUGAAGUGAUUUUGUGCAAUGGGGUAAGCAAAAAAAUCUAGAACAUUUUUCUUAAACGCUAAAUUCAAGAACAAUUUUCUCACCCCAUUUGUUGAUAGUUUUGUUUCCUUUUUUUUUUGUCUGUAAUUGUGUAUGUCUGCAAUAUUGGUGGAUAUUGGUCGUUUUUAACAGUGUUAGUCCACUAUAUGUAUUAUUUUUGUGGUUAUUUUAAUGGUUUAUGAUCAGGGUUAAAUUACUAUUGUUUUUAUUUAACCCCUUGUCAUAGGGCAGCAUCAUGGUUGGGUUAUUUUUUACCCAUAAUGGGUAAAUAUUGGACAUAACACACCGCUGGGUUAAAAUUGACCCAAUGCUGGGUUGUUUUAACCUAACUGCUGUGUUAUUAAACCCCAUGGUUGCAUAGCAUCAACCCAACGUUGGGUCAUUUUUAACCCAGCAUGUGUUCUGUCCAAUAUUUACCCAUUAUGGGUCAAAAAUAACCCAGCCAUUUUUAGGGUUAUCUUUUUACAGUAUUCUGUGUAGUGAAAUGUUUUUAAGAGUAUAAUAAACACUUAGCCAACUUCAGAUCUGUUCAUCUCAAUAUUAGUCUUUUUAAGUUUACAGUAAAGGCAGAUAUUUUUCACAUUAUUUUAUAUUAUAUUAUAUGUGUAUUAUUUGUUGUGGAGCAUCUGAUACAGCAGUCAUAAUGCUUUUGCAUGACAACCAGGCUUUUAUUUUCAGACAAGCAUUAAUGUUAAUUAUAACUUGAAACAUUUAUUACAUUUGUAUACUAAGAUACCCUUGUAGUGUGUGACUAUAUCAUAUACUGUAUGUUUAUCAUAUCAUUUACAUUAUAUUGUGUUCUUUUACAAAAAUUCCAAAUGUCUAAGAAAUUAAAGGGGAGGCAUCUGGAAUUAAAAUGACCUAAAUGAACUUUAAUAAGAGAUUAAUAUUUAUUAUAAUUACUACAUCACAUUCCUUAAGUCAGGGACCCCCACAUAUAAUGAACCUAUAGUGAGGGACCCCUUUUCUAUGAUAUAUAUCCAAACAUUAAGCUGUGUUAGAUGAAUAGUUAUUGUGAUAUUAUAAGAAAAGCAAAAUGUUUUUACAAAUUUAAAUAAUUGGCAACACAAACUUUGCACUAUUUUUACUUUUUUCUCUUUCUCAAACUUUCAUUUUUCUCUUGAAAUUUUGGGGACCCCUUAGAACCAUUUUGGGGACCCGUGGGGUCAUAUUCUUUAUUAUGUAUACACUGAUUGUUAAUAACAAUUAUUAACCAUUAAUAAUAAUUAUUAUUAGCAAUAUUGACGCUAUUAAAAGUUACUGUAAACACAACAGAUGGCACUAGAUGGCAGCAUAAGUCAAUAAACAUAUUGAUAUAUGUUAA